UGAGCAUCUCGUUGAGUCAUUCCUCCAUAUGUGACGCAAUGGGUGACACUCACAGCUAACUAGACAUAAGUUGAAAUUUUAUCGUUUUUUUUUUGACAUUAUGUAGAUUUCUUUGCGUAAUACCCUGCCGGUUACGUCGAGUUGCGGUCACCAGUUGUUUUGGGUGAGAACGGUUCCCUUGAUUUAACAGCACGUAGAAGUUUGUAUACAUCUUCAAAUUACGGGAUUUCUAAAGCAUGCACGUUUUCCUCUUUUUUAAGUGGACUAUGUUAUAAGCAAAUCAGUUCAUCGAGAUGUCGUCAACAUCGUUCAAGCAAAAUUUUUAUCUGCAGAGGUUGUUAAGAGUGUAUCCUUUUGAAAACAUUGGUUUGUGAAAAAUACGCAUUCCGAGUAUGUCCUUAACAAGAUAACAAGGUACAGAUCCACCUAAAUGUAUCCUCACUUGAUGGGAACUGGUGUGACGAAGGGAGGAUUCUUGCUUUAGUCGAAUACAACAAAACAUUUGCCUUAUUUGUUUUGAUAUCUGCUAAAUUGAAACCUGUUAGUAUUUCUGAUCUUUCCAUUGAAAUCGUUAUUCCCAUUGAUAAGAAUUUCUCAUGUGAUACUGAACCUAUAGAAGAUAGUCAACGCCAUAUUAUUUUUAUUAUUACUUAUAAGAAAACAAAGCUCAGCUUUAAAAUAGAGAUAGGAGCUGAGAGUUCCAACUUUGCUUCUGAAGUUAUCCGCUCCAAGGAAGUAUCUUCACAAAGUAAUCCUGUUUUUGUCUGGUUGGAUAAAUAUCUUGGCACUAUGAAUCAACAAAACAGAAACUCUUCAGAUUUAACUGACCAGUCUGACUUACCAAUAACAAGACAACAUAUUGCUCAAGGACAAACAGCAAUAAAUAGGGAGUCAAUGCUAAAAUAUCAGUUGAAACUUAGAGAGCCAGAGUAUACUCAGACACAGGAAUUUACUGUCUUUAUUGGAACAUGGAAUGUGAAUGGCCAACCCCCAUCAGUAUCUCUGAGAUCCUGGCUAAGUGCAGAUGAAGAUCCGCCAGAUGUAUAUGCUGUAGGUUUCCAAGAAAUUGAUCUGAGCAAAGAAGCAUUCCUAUUCAACGACACGCCUCGAGAGGCUGAAUGGAACAAGCAAGUCUUGGAUGGGGUGCAUCCUAAAGCAAAAUACAGAUGUGUAGCUCUAAUUCGAUUGGUAGGAAUGCAACUGGCAGUUAUGGUAAACAUCCAACAUUAUCCCCACGUCAGCAAUAUAUCAUAUGACACUGUUGGAACAGGACUUUUGGGGAAAAUGGGCAAUAAAGGAGGCGUAGCGAUACGUCUUCAACUCCACAACACAACACUGUGUUUUGUAAACUGUCACUUAGCAGCUCAUGUUGAGGAGUUCGAAAGAAGAAACCAAGAUUAUAAAGACAUUAAUGCAAGAAUGAACUUCAAAAGGAGUCCGCUGGCAAUAAAGGAUCAUGAGCAGGUUUACUGGUUGGGAGACUUAAACUACCGCAUCACAGAUUUGACAACAACGCAAGUGAAAACGCUUUUAGCAAGAAACGAAAUGACAACACUGCUGAAAGCGGAUCAACUCAAUCAGCAAAAAGAACGAGGAAAUGUUUUGUUGGACUACACGGAAGCUGAUAUAAAAUUUCCUCCGACGUACAAGUAUGAUUUGAACUCUGAUACUUUUGAUACCAGUGAAAAAGCCAGACCACCUGCUUGGACAGAUAGGAUAUUGUGGAGGGGGAAAGGAAUUCACCUAGUAGGCUAUAGAAGUCACAUGGAAUUAAAAAUAAGUGAUCACAAACCAGUUAGCGCUAUCUUCAAGUCAGAAAUCAGUGUUGUUGACCAAUCCAAAUUUCGAAAAAUCCACGAAGAUCUGCUCAAGAAAAUGGAUAAGCACGAAAAUGAAUAUUUACCACACGUCACCAUCGAUCAGAUGGAAAUCAUUUACGAUUUAGUUAAAUUCCGCGAACCACAAACCAGGGAAAUUACAAUUGCAAAUACAGGAAUGGUACCUGCAGAGUUCGAAUUUAUCAAAAAGUUGGAAGAAACCAGCUACUGCAAGGAGUGGUUACGAAUAAUUCCAUAUUGUGGCAAUAUUAAUCCAGGUGAUAAAUGUGAUGUGAAGUUGAUAGUAAAUCUUGAAAGUGAUUUAGACAAGAUAUAUGAUAUACUGGUUCUACAUUUGAAAGGUGGAAAAGAUAUGUUUAUUACUGUCAGUGGAGAAUGUCUAAAAUCUAGCUUUACAUUACCUAUGUCCCUUUUAUCUAGGAUAAAUAUGCCUAUAUUGAGGUUAUCAAAGGAGCAGCUUGUACAAGCGGAAAAAGGCAAUGUACUGUAUUCUGUGCCACGCGAAAUAUGGCUUCUCAUCGAUCAUCUGUAUAGACACGGUUUGAAAACACGAGAACUUUUUGAAUCCAGUGCUCUACACGAAGAACUGAUCAAAAUACGUGAUUGGCUAGAUAAUGGAUCACUUGAUCCUAUACGUAUCCUUUUAUUCUACAUUUUGAUUAUUCAUAGAGUCAUCUAACUCCAUAGCUCACAGCUACAAAAGAAGUUUAUGCCAAUAUUUCGUAAUAAGAGAAGGCGUCAAUCUAAGUGUGCUUAUGAGUAACGCCUGCCGCAAAUACGUUCAGUAGUGCAGUCGCAAUUUAAAGGUAUUUUUGUACAAAAUAUUACCGACCCAUAUCAACCAAAAUAUACCUGUUAAUAAUGUCAUCAAUUUAAUCACAUUGCCACUUCACGUCUUGAUAUCCAAGCGUACUUACUUAGGUAGAGGACAUCUUGAUGGCUAACAAUACACAACCAAAUUUGAAUAGAUUAAAAGUGGUUAAGCCUAUUUCUAAGCCUAAAAUUACGUAGAUGUAGUAAGGACUUUGAGGUAAACUUUCCUAACAAUGCAUACCAAAAUGUCAUUGUUUUUUUUUUCUAAGAGAUAUUCAAGUAGGCAAUUGCACUAGGUGUAAUCUCGUACCACAGGGCAGAAAUAUAAUCUAUAUUAAGAUAGAAAAGAUAGCAAACAUUUAUUAACUGUACAGUGUAUCAACAAGUCCGGUUUAAUACCUAAUUUUGGAAUGUUAAAUUACGAAUUGUCUUCAUCAAACAGUAAGGCUGCUGCCCCAUUAGUGCGUUGCGUUGCGCUGCGUCGUCGCAGCGUCAACGCUUGCGUCGUUUUCCAUGUAUUUUAGAUGGUAUGCCACAUUAGAGCGCUGCGUCGUCGCUCGCGACGUUUCAACGGAUUGCGCUGCGAUGUCGGAGCUUCAGUGCGACGACGGACAGUUGUGACGGACAGUGUUGCACUGCCAGAGGAGUGAAGGAGACAUACGAACACGAUAUUUUCGUAUCUCAGCAUGAGUGUGGAGGAGAUUGAUAUAGAUUUUCUCAUCUCCUUGGUGCAAGAAAGGCCGAUCAUAUGGGAUAAAGGCCAUGAACAUUACAAUGAUAAAUUUCGGAAAGCAAAUGAAUGGGUUUCAGUGUGUAAACAUUUAUAUGCAGAUUACGAAGAAUUUGAUGAUACAAAAAAGAACAAAAUUGGCAACGAGGUGGUAAAAAAAUGGAGAAGUGUAAAAGACAACUUCACUCGAUAUGUAAAAAAAUUAAAAGAAAAUAAUUCAUCUGGAUCAGCGGCGAAAAAAAUAAAAAAAUAUCAUUAUUAUAAUCAGUUGCUUUUUUUAAUGAAAGUUGCCCAAAAUAUAACUGAUAGUAGCCUUGAUAAAGAAACAGAACAAAACGAAAACACACCAUCUCCACUUCCGACACAAGGAGUGCCAUCGCUACCAGGCCCUUCUCGCUAUGUGCCUGCAAAUCGGAAGAGAUCAAACCAAGCAAUAGAUGAUUUCGAGGCGCAAGCGUUAGAGGCGUUGCAAGAAAAAGAAAACCGCCAUUUGUCGUUUUUCAAAGGAAUUCUGCCUUCUUUAGCUGAUUUUACUGAAUUACAAACAUUAACAUUUCAAAGUGGAG